CUCUCUCUCUCUCUCUGUCUCUCUCUCUGUCUCUGUCUCUCUCUCUCUCUCUCUCUGUCUCUCUUUCUCUUGUGUGUUUGUACAUGUGUGAGUCUAGGAGUCUGUCUGUGUUGUGUUUGCUAUGUCAACCUCUGGUCUUGUCACCGUCGUUGGUGUUGUCAGCUCACCGUGCAUAUGCUCACGCCACGUUUUCGUCUUUUUCGCCUGUCACAGAUGUUUGCGACACCUUCGAGGAACUGCUGCACGAGUACGCGCCAUGGAACUUCACCAUUCACAGGAUGACCGAGCUGGAGAUGCUCGACAACGCCAACGACCUCGACUUUGCCCUCGCUGACACCAAGACCAUGGCCUGCCUCGACGUGGAGCGCGGGCACUCUCCGCUCGCCACUCUCGGCUUCCCGGACACCUACCUACCUGAAGUGGAUGAGGAGGACGACUUUGUGUAUGGGGCUGGCGGCGUGACGUUUGCACUUCGCAACUCCGGCAUUGUCUCGCUGUCAGACCUCAAGGACCAGGUUGUUGCCGGCACCACCAUCACCGAUUUUGCAAGCACGCACGCCAACUUUGCCAAAUACCAUGGCAAGACAGGCCGCCACCUCAUCGACGACGCCACCGUGCUGCAGUUCAUGGGAACGCAGGAGCGCGUGUUGGAGGCUGUGCUGUCUGGAGCCGCUGCUGCUGGCAUGGUGCAGACAGGAUUCCUGGAGCACUCUGCAAGCGCAGGGCUGCUGGACUGGGACGACGUUGAUAUCCUCGCUCAGGAGAUUGCCUUUGACGAAGACGGCACACGGUUUCCCUACUUCAGCUCAACACCAGUCUACCCUGGCUGGACCUUGGUUGCAACGCACCUCACAUCCCUCGAGGAGCGAGACCAGCUGCUCGAUGCCUUGUUUGACACUGAUAGCAGCCAGUGCCGCCUCUCUGUUCCAGGGAGCUUUGCCACUGCCGGCGGCAUCCUGGAAACCUUCGGAGUGGUUGAGCGCGACCUGGUGCACACAACCGAGGCCCGGUGUGUGCGGAGAAUGUCCCACAUCGUCGUGCAUGAGGAGGGCGAGGACGACGAACACGGCCACGAUGAGGCUGACGCUGAGGAAGAACAGGAGGUGAUUGCAGAAGCAGCACAUGAUGACCAUUCUGAUGAGACCCAGCACCAAGAAGCCGAACCUGGCACCGUCAUCCUCGCACAAGAUACCGGCGCAACCCCUGGCGAUGAUGAACAUGCACAUGAAAGUGGUCUGCAUGCUGCACAAGUUAUCUGCCCAGCAACCCACUUCCACCACAACGAGAUUGUGCUGCCGGCGCUGUGUGCUGAUGUGCACUGUCCGGGAAACACCCGUUGUAUGUGCCGCCCUUGUCUGGAAUCUCCACCGAUUCUGAUCCACCCGGUUCCACAUGGUGUCACGCAGGAAGUCCUCGAAGCAAACCCUGAUCUUGCACGACAGGUGUUUCAGAAAUCAUGCCAACGCAUGGAAGAGUGUGCAACCGGGACACAAGGCCAGGUCUUCUUUUUCAUCCUUGAGGACAGGCUGGCAGAAAGGCGUCACAACGCAGACACGCUUUUCUUCGUCGUAAGAGUUUCCUGGCCAGGCGGAGACGAGUACACAACCGAGGCACAGCCUGUGGACGGCCACGCUGGACUGGCCCUCAUCAACGUCACGGAGCCACACUUUGGAGCGCCCACGAUUGCGAUCUACGAAGCGGAUAGAACAACGAGCGCGGAAAACUGGGAGCCCAUCUACGCCAGCCCGUUGCUCCUCCAAGUUGAGCCUCGUUCGUGCCCGCCAGGACAGGAGGCAACACAGGACAACACGUGCGUGUGCCCCGUCGGCACGCUCCACAUCAGCGGCAGUUGCAUGCAGGCAAAGGAGUACCUGCCCAUCUUCAUUGGCAGCGCCCUGGCUGUGAUCGGCAUCGGCGUGUACAUUGCCAUUGCCAUGGUGCGGCGAGGCGCAGACAAGCUGUGGCAGAUUGACGCGGCAGACGUUGUUGUGAGCGACCCGCCCGAGGUGCUUGGGAUGGGCGCGUUUGGUGUUGUGAUCAAGGGGGAGCUGAACGGCACCGCCAUCGCCAUCAAGCGCGUCAUGCCGCGGGCCUCGCGUGCAGGUGCACGUGGUACGCGCACGGGAAGCAAGCGAGGGUUUCUCAGCAGCAUGAAACGGAGUAGCAAGAACGGCGAAUGCGAUGACGCACUUGCAGCUCCUGACGGCACAGUGACAGGCACGUAUCAGGCAUCAAGGACAGCCAACGGCUUUGGCUUGCAGCUGGGCAACAUGGACAACGAGGCAGCGAUUGAGCGGGCGCUGGAGCAGGGCAAUGCAACCACCCAGGGCACCACACACAGGAUGAGCAAGACAAAGAGGCUCACAAACGCAAAAGCCGAGUUCAUGGAGGAGAUGCGGCUGCUGUCACGGCUGCGCCACCCGUGCAUCGCCACCAUGCUUGGUGCCAUCAUGACCAAGUCGCGAGAGUUUCUCCUUGUCAUGGAGCACCUCGAGCACGGGUCGCUGUAUGACUUCCUGCGCAAUGAUGAGCUGCCAACACCAGACAUAUUCCUGCUGCCCAUUGUCAAGGACAUUGUGUCUGGCAUGCGCUACAUCCACAACCUCAAGCCACCGGUUGUGCACGGCGACCUGAAGACGAAGAAUGUGCUUGUGGAUGGCAACUUCAAGGCCAAGGUUGCUGAUUUCGGGCUGUCGCAGAAGCAGCGUUUUGGCUGUGGCACCCCCUUCUGGAUGGCGCCAGAGGUGCUGCGCGGAGGAGAGGUGACGCGGGAGGCGGACGUGUACAGCUUCGCCAUCACGGUGUACGAGAUCUACAGCCGGCAGGACCCGUUCCCAGAGGAGGACGCGUCGGAGGUGCUGCGUCAGAUUGCCGCGCGCCAGGUGCCGGCAAAGCGACCCGACAUCCCAGCCUCGUGCCCCGUCAUGCUGGCUGAGCUUGCGCGGCGGUGCUGGUCCGAGGAGCCCAAGUUCCGGCCAACGUUCGACCAGGUGGACGCGCAGCUGGGCGAGCUCAACAUCAGCAAGGUGGGCGCAAGCCUCAUCCAGCAGAAGCAGGACGCGCUGAAGAAGGCCACGGUGCUGCACGACGUGUUCCCGCCGCACAUUGCCAAGAUGCUGGAGGAGGGCAAGAAGGUGCACCCGGAGCACAAGGACGACGUGACCAUCUUCUUCUCCGACAUUGUGGGCUUCACCAACAUCAGCGCGCAGCUGACGCCGGCGGCGGUGUCGGACAUGCUGGACCGGCUGUACUCUGCCUUUGACGAGCUGACGGAGAAGCACGGCGUGUUCAAGGUGGAGACCAUUGGCGACGCGUACAUGGCGGCAACAAACCUUGUCAAGCCGCAGCACGACCACGCGCUCCGCAUUGCGCAGUUUGCGGAGGACGCCAUCAAGGCGGCGCAGUCGACGUUCAUUGACCCUGAGCGGCCGGAGCUGGGGUGCGUGAACAUCCGCGUUGGGUUCCACUGCGGCCCUGUCGUGGCCAACGUUGUUGGGCGGCGCAACCCGCGGUACUGCCUGUUUGGGGAUACGGUGAACACGGCGUCGCGCAUGGAGAGCUCGAGCGAGCGCAACAAGAUCCACGUGUCGACGUCUGCGGGAGACCGCGUGCGGAGCCAGGCGCCGUGGGUGAAGCUUGAGUCGCGCGGGGUGCAGAACAUCAAGGGCAAGGGCGAGAUGCUGACAUACUGGCUGGUGAGCACGAGGAAGCCUGAGCAGACGGGGCGUGUUGCCAUUGCUGAGAACGAGGCCACUGUGAUCGACAUGGGCGAGGGUGAUGGCGAUGUUGACGGUGAUGAUGAUGGUGAUGGUGACACGGGUAGCCGGAGGAAGAGUGCCCAGCUGAAGGACAGCGUUGGGGGCGGGUUUGUGUUCAAGAAGAAGCGUGCGUCGUCGAUUGGGCGGCGGUCGACGGGAGCACAUGAGGGCGGCGCAUCGGCGCGGGUGUCAUUGAGCUCCGUGUCGUGGCUCAACGAUGCAGAGGCGUUUGAGGCCCUGUCACGUGACAGCUUUGGCAGUCCUCGUACUUCGACAGCCUUGCAUCAUCAUGGACCACGCUCCCCCACACGUGCCAAUGUGGCCGAGGGUGAUGUCACUGUUGAUCAUGAUACCGAGACCCUCCCCGCCUCCGAUACAGGCAGUGCACAGCCUGAUGCGGGGAGCGUUGCUGAUGCCUAUUCUGAAGAGUCUUCGUUGCUGUCCAUCCAGCCCAACCCGCAAGUCAGUCGGGAAAAUGCUCCUUCAUUCUCGUCGUGUUCGCUCCGCGACAGCCAGUCCGACCACGGGCUUGGGUGUAGUGGCACAUCGCUGCUGUGCGCCGCCCCAUUUCAAAAUGAGGAGCUUCCGAUGCUAGCUGAAGCAGACGAAGCAGGACGUGCGAGCCAGUGCUGAAGCUGUCAGAGAACUUGUGCGAUCGUUCGCGUGCGUGUUACUGUGUGUUGGACUGCUCUUUGCGGACAAGAGACACCUCUGGCCAUGUCCUGUCCUUGUGCUGCUGUGCUUGUUGUUGUCACCCCGAUUGGGUGUGUGCAUACGUGCGUUGUGCCCGUCAUGAUUUCUUCAUUUGCCCCCUUAACUUGAACAUACACGGUGCGCAUAUCAGUGCAUGCGUGUGUGUCGCAUUCACCAACAUAAAUCAAGCUGAAGUACAGGC